AACCGCUUAGACGUUACCGACACUCGAGACAGAUGAGAAGAAACCCCACAAACGCCAGCCGUUUGCUUGGAAUCGGAUCCAGUGGUCGUUGAUGAGAGAGAGAGAGAGAGAGAGAGAGAGAGCAGAGCAUCCCACCAAGAAUAAGUGCCUUCCUUUAAUGCUCCUAUCUGCUUCUUUCAGAUAAGCAUUGUCGUCUUCUCCACUCCUUCUCCACGCGGCAGAAAUAAACCAUUUUUUGGUUUCUGGGUCUUCCACAAUUUACGGGAAUUCAGAUAUGUGAUCAUUUUUCUGCGAUUUUUACAGGUUUUUUUUACUGUGUUUUUCAUGUUGUAGUCUUGGUGUGUAGGAAAAGGAAGGAGUGGAACUGGAGAGGUGUUUUUGAAUCGUACUCGGUUUUUACAGUCUUGUUCUUGUGUAGUAGUGUGGGAUUUUGGGGUGGUCGGAGGUUCUGAGGACGGAUUUGAGAUGGGUAUUCUGAGUGCGAUUUUGGGUUUUGUGGGUUUUGGAGUUGGAACUUCAACUGGGCUUGUGAUCGGGUAUUACGUCUUCAUCUACUUCCAGCCAACUGAUGUCAAGAAUCCUGCAAUUCGUCCAUUGGUCGAGCAAGAUUCGAAAACUCUGCAGAGGCUGCUUCCGGAGAUACCCAUGUGGGUGAAAAAUCCAGACUAUGAUCGUGUUGACUGGCUCAACAAAUUUAUUGAGCUCAUGUGGCCUUACCUGGACAAGGCAAUUUGCAAAACUGCGAGGACCAUAGCAAAACCCAUUAUUGCUGAGCAAAUUCCGAAAUACAAAAUUGACUCCGUCGAGUUUGAAGCGCUUUCCUUGGGCACCCUACCGCCAACUUUUCAAGGAAUUAAAGUGUAUGUUACCGGUGAGAAGGAAUUGAUAAUGGAGGUACAACUGAAGUGGGCAGGCAAUCCUAACAUCCUUGUUGCAGCUAAAGCAUUUGGUUUGAAAGCCACAGUUCAGGUGGUUGAUCUGCAAGUGUUUGCUUGUCCACGCAUCAGCCUGAAGCCUUUGGUUUCAGCCUUUCCUUGUUUUUCAAAAAUUUUCGUGUCUCUGAUGGAGAAGCCGCAUGUUGACUUUGGAUUAAAACUGGUUGGAGCAGAUGCUAUGGCUAUUCCUGGCCUGUAUAGGUUUGUCCAGGAGGUUAUUAAAGAACAAGUGGCAAACAUGUACCUAUGGCCCAAAGCCCUAGAAGUGCAAAUCAUGGAUCCCGCAAUGGCUAUGAGGAAGCCUGUUGGGAUUUUGCAUAUAAAAGUUCUUAAAGCAAUGAAGCUUAAAAAGAAAGAUUUAUUAGGAGGAGCAGAUCCAUAUGUGAAAAUCAAGCUCACUGAGGACAAGCUUCCUUCAAAGAAAACAACUGUGAAACGCGGCACUUUGAACCCUGAAUGGAAUGAAGAGUAUAAUUUCGUAAUCAGAGACCCAGAGACUCAAGCAUUAGAGUUGAUGGUUUAUGAUUGGGAAAAGAUUGGCAAGCAUGAAAAAAUGGGUAUAAAUGUCAUUCCACUGAAAGAACUUACACCUGAAGAGCCCAAAGUUAUGACUCUUGACAUACUGAAGAGCAUGGACCUCAAUGAUGCUCAAAAUGACAAGUCACGUGGACAGCUUGUCGUGGAAUUGAUCUAUAAACCCUUUAAGGAGGAUGAGAUGCCUAAAGAUGAUGAAGAUCCAAAUGCUGUACAAAGGGCUCCUGAAGGAACACCUGCAACUGGUGGUGCACUUGUAGUUACCGUCCAUGAAGCUGAAGAUGUGGAAGGAAAGCACCACACUAACCCACAAGUGCGCAUACUUUUCAGGGGCGAAGAGAAAAGAACCAAGCCUGUCAAGAAAAAUCGGGAUCCAAGAUGGGAAGAAGAGUUUCAGUUUAUAUUGGAAGAGCCACCGAAAAAGGAGAGGCUUCAUGCUGAAGUGGUUAGCCACUCCUCAAGGAUGGGGCUGUUGCAUCCCAAGGAAACUCUUGGAUACGUGGACAUAGACUUGGCGGAUGUUGUUACCAAUAGAAGAAUCAAUGAGAAAUACGAUCUGAUAGAUUCGAAGAAUGGACGGCUUCAACUCGAGCUGCAAUGGAGAACAGCUUCUUGAGGGGUAUUGCAGUAAAAGAAUUCUGUGUAGAAAUGGUAAAUGCCCUGUAAAUUUCGAUUCGUUUCGGAUCAUGUCCCGUGCGUUUUCAUAAAUCUGUGUAAAUGCUACUCUCUCUGAUUUCUCACCCUACCAGACAAUUCAGAAUAUGCUAUCGAUGAAUAUAUUUCUUGUUUGAGAUCAA